GCCCCGCAGCAUCCUCAACCUUCUGGGCCCCUGCAAGGCGCGCUGAGCCCACAGGACCACCACCAAUUUUCAGCAGGCGUGCAUGUCGUUGCGGAGCAGCUCGGACACCGGAGGCUCCCCCCAGCUGUACCCCAGCAUGCAGGUGCUAACAUGCGCGCUGCUGGCGCUCCUCAGGCUCCCCAUCAGCUGCGCCGGGCUGCAGGGUGACUCCCACCCGGCCAGGGGCAACUGCUCCGAGUGGAGAGCGAACACAAUCUGCUGCAGUGACAUUGAUAUUCUCCCGAGGUUCCCAGCAAGCACAGAGAAACUGUCGCUCUCUGAAACCAAACUUUCAUCCAUUCCGGCGAAUGCGUUUGCCAGCAUGGUAAACAUCUCAGGAAUUUACAUAAAUGUGGAUAAGAAGCUGCAGCGGCUGGAGAGGCACUCGUUUUACAACCUGAGGAAAAUCACCCACAUAGAGAUACGAAACACAAAAAUGUUGUCAUAUGUCGAUCCAGAAGCUUUUAAGCAUCUCCCAAGCCUUAAGUACCUGGGGAUUCUGAACACUGGCCUGACUUUCUUCCCUGCUUUACACAACAUCCACUCAAAUGACUUGAACUUCAUUUUGGAAAUUGUUAAUCAUCCCUACAUUACCGAGAUCCCGGCCAACUCUUUCCAGGGCAUCACAAGCGAUUUUCUGACUGUAUUGUUGUAUGGAAAUGGAUUCAGAGAGAUACAACGUCACGCCUUUAAUGGGACAAAGCUAAAUCAAAUUGACCUGCACAGGAAUGAGUAUUUGACCAAGAUGGACAGUCGGGCUUUUGCAGGAGCCAUCAGUGGCCCCACACUUCUGGAUGUCUCCCAAACAGCCAUCACAUCCCUGCCCACUGUUGGCAUGGGCUCCCUGCGGGAGCUGAAGGCACGGGAUGCCUGGGCCCUCAAGAAACUGCCACCCAUCAAGGCCUUUAAGCAUCUCGCCACCGCUGAUCUCACCUACCCGAGCCACUGCUGCGGCUUCAAAAACCUAAAAAAAAAACGAGGCUUUUUGGAGUACAUCAUCUGUAACCUAACCGCUUUCUACGACCAUUACCACAAGCGCUCUGUUGGGCCCCUGAGCAUGCCAUCCCUCCAAGGGGACGGAGUCGUAGAGACGGUUCCAGGCCAGGAGCAGAGAAACGAAGGUCACGGAGAACUACAGCAAGAUUUGAGGAAAAGCGACUUCUAUGGAAGCCUCUCCUACCACGCCUACUUUGAAGGACAGCCAGACGGGGAAGUGGGAUUUGGAGAGACCCUCAAGAACCCCCAGGAGGACGACAGCCAAGAUUUUGACAGUCGCUACGAUUAUGUGGUGUGCGAGGAGGGAGGGGAGGUGGCGUGUGCUCCAGUGCCCGAUGAGUUUAAUCCCUGUGAGGACAUAAUGGGGUUUAGUUUCCUGCGGGUGUCAGUGUGGUUUGUGAGCUUGCUGGCUGUUUUAGGAAACGUGGUGGUUCUCCUGGUGCUGCUCACCAGCCACUACAAGCUCUCAGUGUCUCGCUUCCUCAUGUGCCACCUGGCCUUCGCCGAUCUUUGCAUGGGGAUCUACCUGCUCCUCAUUGCCUCUGUAGACCUCCACACCCGAUCAGAGUACUUCAACCAUGCCAUUGACUGGCAGACUGGCCCUGGAUGCGGACUUGCUGGGUUCUUCACCGUCUUUGCCAGCGAGCUGUCCGUUUACACCCUGACGGUGAUCACCCUGGAGAGGUGGUACGCCAUCACCUUUGCAAUGAGGCUUGACCGCAAACUCCGCCUACACCAUGCGGCAGCUGCAAUGGUAGUUGGCUGGAUCCUUUGCCUCCUUCUGGCUCUUUUGCCACUGGUUGGAGUGAGCAGUUACCAGAAGGUCAGCAUAUGUCUCCCAAUGGACACCCAGUCCACAGCAGCUCAGGUCUACAUCUUGUUGGUGUUGGUGCUAAACAUACUAGCCUUCUUUGUCAUCUGUGCCUGCUACUUUAAGAUCUAUUGCACAGUGCACAACCCUCAGUACCACUCUGGGUCCAAGGACACCAACAUUGCCAAGCGCAUGGCCAUCCUCAUCUUCACUGACUUCUUGUGCAUGGCUCCCAUUUCCUUCUAUGCCCUGUCAGCCGCGCUAAACCGGCCCCUCAUCACCGUAUCAAACUCCAAGAUUUUACUGGUGCUAUUUUACCCCCUGAACUCCUGUGCCAACCCAUUCCUGUACGCAAUCUUCACAAAGGCCUUCAGAGGGGACAUAUUUAUCCUGCUAAGCAAAGUGGGUCUGUGUCAGCAGCAAGCGCAGCUGUUCAGAGGUCAGACCGUCUCGUCAAAGGGCAGCAGCGGGAAUUCUCAGGUGCGGAGAGAAAAAGCUCGGAAAGGUGGAAGCAUCGGUCACGAAGAGGUACCAAUCACCCUAAAGAGUUUCUCCAGACCAACAUACCAUCGAGGAAUUAACCCAAAGACACGUCCCGUCGAGAACCAAGGCCCGGACACGUGAGUCGGACAUCAGCUUCAGGAAGUGAGCAGAGAAAGACUCAUUUGCAGGAAGCAUUGAAAUACUUCUGGACUGAUCUGUUGAAAUGUUUAACAGAAAGACCCCUCAUUCUAGACCAGACUCUGGUUUCAGUUCUAGUCUUCUGUAUUUUUUAUACCUUUUCUAGAAUCGUUUUUAGAAAUAUUUACUGCUCAAAAAAAGUGAAAGUAAGCAUGAUUUUGUAUUUUAUUUUCUAUAUAUUCAGUAUAAGUGAAAUAUUGUAAAUAAAUCAUUUUAUUUUCAACUGAUCGAGGCCUUUAUCUAAAGGUAGGUAUUGUAUUCAACUGCCUGCUGGCUCAGUGCUGUUCAGCUGUGUAAACGUUAUACCAUUUAUUUAAAAUAAGAAAAACUCCAGUUUCAUUUAUUAUUAAAUUCACAACUCUGCAGAUAAUGAAACAAUGCCAUGGAGAAAUAAGGAAAAAUUACUUUUUUUCUUUGUUUGAUAUCUGCCUCUUCUGAGAAAUAAACAGAGUUCUGCUGGAUG